AACCGAUGACACUGAUGACUUAUUGUUUCAGUAUAAAUGAUUAGUCGUAGCGGAACAGAUCGUAUAUCUUCUGUAUCUUGAUGAUGAUGAUGAUGAUGAUGAUUUCGAAAUUUUUUUUUGUCUUUUUGAUCAUUUUGGUCGUCGGACUCGAUUGUCUCGUCGAAUGUCAACAGAUAUUUGGCGCAAGUAUCGGCAGGUCUUAUUCGGGUUAUUCCCCGAAUACGUAUCAAUAUAGAUAUGAUCGAAUUCCCCAGGGAUACAAUAACAAUCGCUGGCAAUGGCCGCAAAGUUUUAACAGUAACAACAACGAAUGGCAAUGGCCGCGAACUUAUAAUAACAACAACAAUCAAUGGCAAUGGCCGCAGGGUUACAACAAUCAGUGGCCUCAAAAUCAAUGGCAACAAUUUCCAUCGAAUCAAUGGGGACAGAAUCAAUGGAAUCCGAAUCAAUGGCCGCAACCUCCACAAUUCACCCCACAAUUUCCCAACAUCCCGAAUAUCCAAAAACCGUUAUUGGGAAAUUUAUUGGAUAUUAUUAAGAAACCUCAACAAUUGAUUCCCAAGAAAAACCCCUAAACUUUCCCUUUGAUUUAAUUUCACGAUAGGUAUCGUUAAUUUUAAUAAAAAUUUCGUUAAAAGAUAAUUGAUUAUCCAAAAUAAAAUCGUCAAUCAACUUAGUUCCGAGGUAAUCAGUUUGAAUUUUAAUAAAAACUUUACUAUUCUAUUUCAAUCUCACUCUACAUUGAAUAUUAGAAUCAAAAUCGUAAAACUAUCAAAACAAGACGAUAAUUUAUUAAAUAAGGAAUAAAGUCGAAUUAUUUUUUACCCUUAUAUGUCCUUUAAAACCCGUGUUUUAAACGACGAAAAAAAAAAAGAAUCACGUAGAAAUAAAUCUGGUAAUUUGAUAGGAACAACGCAAAUUUAUUGUGACGUAUUAUUGAAAUUUAUAAUGGAGAUUUGUUGGUUAACGAUUUUUUUUUCAAUGCUGUAUAUAUUAGAAAUAUUUUAAUUGUCAAUUUGACAAAAAAUUCACUUUAAAACCAUACGUAUCGAUUUUGUAAUAUUUUACAAAAUCAAACGCAGUUAUUUGGAAAUUGAAUUUAUUAUUUUUGAAAUUUUUGAACAAACCUUGUAUAAACAGUUAUUUCCUCGACCGAUAUAAAUGAAUAUAAAACUAGAUUUCAAACAACAUAAUUUAAAAAUAAAAAUUGUUAAUUAUAUUGUUUUUAAAUUUUGUGAAUGCACCUCGUAUAAACAGUUCAGCUACAAAUUUUUGAAUUUUUGCUCCAACCAAAAUUAAAAACGGGUAUAUCUUCAACAAAUCCCGAAUUACUCUUUCAAAAAAAAAAAAGAA